AUGGACAUCAAGUUUUGCAAGACCAACCUCCUCAUUGAGCACAAGGAGUUGGAUGGGAGGUUCCAAUUCAAGUUCACACAUCCAUUGGUUGGACCCUCCAAGCUUCUCCUGCCCAACCCAGAGCUCACCACAGUUCCAGGAGAUGAUUUGGGUGAGCCUGAGUGCUACUACUUUGAGGAGUAUGAGGCUCCAAGGAUGAACCCCUCUGUUGUGGCUGCCACAAGAGGAUUGGACUUCUCCAAAAGUUCAACAAAUGGCAAGGGAAAGCCAUGGAAAGAUGCAAAAGUCCAUGGACAAGAUGGUGAGCAAGAUCAAGAGUUUGGAGAAGAAGGUUUCUGGUUCUUCAUCAAGAAGAAGAAGGCAACCAUGGCCCCCACUUCCCUAGGAGUAGAUCACUCCUCACCACCCAAGGAGGCUCCCUGCCCAAGAGCCUCACAGAGCCUCUUCUUUCGAGCCAAGGGAAGGAGAGACAACACGCAGAGAAGGAGGAAGAGUUCCAAGGCCAGACGCUCCAGCUCGACCACCGGACUCGAUCGAGUCCAAACAGAGGAAACUCAACUCGAUCGAGCUGACGGUCGAGUUGACCUGAGGAGCCAGUUUGAGAACCCUGGAUUCGAGUACGAUCCAACCCUUACCAGGACUUCCCUCAGAGCAUGGAACCCCUAUGGACAGUCGAGCAGCCAUGCUCCACCAAGGCCAAGGGAGCCACACACACUUCGAUGA